AUGGAAAAGCUCAUAGUGAUUAUUGCCGUCACUGGUGUUCAGGGCUCUUCUGUUGCAAAUGUUUUCCUUCAUGAAAGUGGAUGGAAGAUCCGCGGUGUUACCCGAGAUCCCUCUAAGCCUGCAAGCAGAGCUCUCGCUGCUAAGGGUAUUGAAAUCGUAAAGGGGGAUGCAGACGAUGUCGAAUCUAUCAAGGCUGCUCUCCGCGGUGCUUCAGUGGUUUUUGGGAAUACGGUAUUCCCAGAGGCUUUUUCAAAUCCAACUGCAGAGAAUACGCCUACACUUGCGCCUGGACAAACUCUGCGAGAAUGGUGCUAUGAGACGGAGCUGCGCCAUGGAAAGAAUAUCGCCGACGCUGUCGCUACCGUAGACACUCUUGAUCUAUUCGUGUGGUCUUCAUUAUCACAUGCGAAGAAAUGGAGUGGAGGAAAAUAUACCGGCGUUUACCAUUUUGACUCAAAAGCACAGGUUGUCGAUUAUAUUUAUAACAUCUACCCGAGUUUAGCAAAAAGAAUGUCUAUUCUUCAAAUGGGUCUGUUUAUCACUAAUUGGAAAUGGGGCCAGGCCUCUGUUCCAUGGGAAAGGCGCUCGGAUGGCUCGAUGGUACUCCGUGUGCCUGGUAGUGGUGACGUUCCAAUACCUCUUGUUGUCCCUUCUGAUGCGGGACAUUUCGUCAAAGCGCUCACCCAGGUUCCAGCCGGGAAAAAUUUAAUCGCGUUCGGCGAUCGUAUCACCUGGGCUGAGUAUGUCCAGCUCUGGAGCAGAAUCACAGGUGUUCCAGCUACUUUUGAAAAGACUACGGUAGCGGAGCAUGCUAAACUUGCGCCAGGGGGUUACGGGGAGGAGAUUGCAGAGAUGUAUGCGUAUGCCCAAGACUAUGGCUACGAUGGCAGUGAUCCAUCUGUCGUUUCUGCCCAUCAACUCGGCGUCGAUGUUCCGGUUACUCGAAUUGAGCAAUACAUCAAAGAGGAGGAUUGGUCUCAACUCUUGUCUGCUAAAGGGACCUAG